UCAACUAACAUAUACACUUUUUUAUAAGGAUUAACAUCAAGUUUUAUCACAAGAGAAUGUAUAAUCGGACAAUACAUGAUAUUUGCCAACUUUGAACUAAAGUUAAGUCAAAGCUCAAGAAAAAGAAAUGAAUUCUAAUAAUGUGGAUUUGGAUCCAAUUCUUAUUAAAGCUCUCGGUUAUUUCUGGUCCAAGAGUUUUGAUUCAAAUGCCAAGAUCAAAGAAAUGUUGGAGGAAUCUGUUGAAAAAGCAAAUCGGCAUGACAAUAACAAAGAACCUAAUGCCAUGGUAAAAGGCUUGGUAAAACCAAACAAAGUAAACAACUCUUCCAAUGAUUUUCGAAGGAAAGAAAAAGAAUUUGCACAAAAACGGCAAUUUGAAAAGGUUCAAAAGGAUCUGGAAGACUUAAACAGUGAAAUUUCAAAGAGAUCCCAUCUUGACAGUUCUUCACCUUCCGGAACCUCAUCUUCCUCUAGCAGUCUUCCUGCAUCCAAGCACAACUCCCCUGCAAAUGAGGUCCUUGGACAGAAGAGCAAUUUUGGGAAGUCUUCCCCCAUGACCUCAACUUCACCCGAUGAUUUUGAAUUGGAAAUGGAAGGUCUAUCAUGUGCUAUAUGCAAUGAUAUGACCGUCGGUUCUGGGAAUCAGUUAGUUGAGUGCCACGAAUGUCAUAAUCUCUUCCACCAGGAAUGUCACCAACCCCACAUAAGUGAUCAGUAUGUGAAUGACCCACGUUGUAUAUGGAACUGUGCGCAUUGUAAGCGGAACAUGAAAAAACAAGCAAAACACAAUUCUGUCAAAACUCCAACCAUAAAUCUAGUAAAUCCAAUGGACUUGUUCCGGGAUAAGACAGGAAACGGAAAUGGAGAGGGAAAAAAUCCGAACUUAGUUACUCCAUUUAAAAGAUCGGAAGUAAAGCCAACUGUUACAUCAGCAAAUGCUGGUGCAUCAAUGUCAGGAUGGGCAGCGCUCAGUAGAAAACCAAUUUCAUCUACAAACAAAAAGGAAACCUCUAAACCUUCAGAAGCUAGAACUGAACCGAGUAAUCUAAAAUCAAAGGACAAAGUAAAAAAUGCAGUGAAAAAUUCUGCAAAGCACACAACCUCAAAACUUUUAGAAAAUGAUGCAUGGGCUGAAGCGCUUGGAGCUAAGGGUUCAUCUAAUUCCAACAACACCCAUGUAAAACCAACUGCCACCAACUCUAAACCAACCUCAAAUGCAACCACUAAUUCAACCAACCCCAAAUCCGGUAUAUCUCUAUCCUCAGUGCCUUGGCUUAGUGGUUCUGUCAAUUCACAUAGCGCCUUUAAACCUGUAGUUUCAAAAUCUGGAUCCAUGCCUUCUAGUAAAGGGGCAUUUCCAAAAGCCUCUGCUUCAUCCCCUUUGCAUGGGAAAGGUAACUCUACAAAAAGUCCUUCCAGCCAGCCUGGUGAUACAGCAGCCAAACGGCUGCAAAUGUCUAAGAAAAAAGCAGCAGCAAAAAUUCAACAGAAGCGUGCGCGGGUAUAGCUGAUGUGGAACUCAAGUUGCUGAAAAGCCGUGUUGUAUCCGAUCAAGGAAUAGGGCAGAGUGUUUCUAUGGCGGGUAUUGAGUUGAAGGCUGAAUUUCCUAAGUUACGGGUGUUCAAGAUAUGCAACAGUGCAAAAAAGUGGUUAUCAUGAGAAAGUUGAUUCUAAGGAAUGCUGGAUUGAAUUGUGCAAUGCACUUCAGUUUUAUACACCCAAGUGAAUUAACAACAACAAUUAUGUAACCAGCACUUCCUAUUGUGAUACUGCACAAAGUAUCUGGCACACAGUCGUAUUAUUUGCGUUAGCAACAAUUUUUCAAUGUGACAACAAAUUAACAGUAUAAGUUUUUUAUAUUAAAAUGACAAAAAUCUUU